AUGCUCUCGACCUUCGUCGGCCACGGCCUCUUCCCGCUCGGACUUCUCUUGUUCAUUCUCCUCAUGCUUCCGGCGCCAUGCUUCCUCGCGGUGCGGAUCAACGCCUUCAUCGAGGUCCUCCUCUUUGCCUUUGAGUUUGCCGGUCUCUCCCUUAUGGCCUGGCUCCUCUGCUUUGGUAUCAUCAUUCUCGUUAAACAAGCCUCCGUCGGGGUCUGCAUCGUUCUCGACGACGACGCGACGCAGGCCUUCAAAUGGGUCGUCCAACGAAACUUUUGGAUGGGUGUGAGCACCGCCAUGACGUAUCUGGCCGUUGGAUUCCUUUACUACUUCAAGAAGCAAGUGACCGAUAUGACCUGCCGCCGCUAGAAGAACGCGUCGCCGGCCUCUUCUUCCUGUGCUCCAUGCAUCCUGCAUAUAUGUCGUCGUCCAAGAGACAAGCAGUCAGCGAUACGUGUUGUCGCUUCUUAAUAAAACCAAAACUCGACGAUACUCAC